UCCUUCUCUCUUCCCUUGACCCUCUAUCUAGUUGCUGGACACUUUAUUUCUAAUAUUCGUUUCUUGCGCGAGUCGCUCUAUUGAAGUAUAGUCGAUUUUGCAAAAUCCUUUACCCUGAUUUUCAUAUUGGUCUGCCGGUCAGCAUUUACAACUUGUUGAGCAGUCACUAGUCCUACGUUCUCUACGCGUACUCAAAUUCCUUUCAUUUCUCGACGCGUAUACUUAGUCUUAUAUACCCAUUACGCUUCAGUUGGCCACGGUGCUUCUAUACCAAAGCUACCAGGUAUUUCCUAUCUUAAUCUCGGUCAAGCAAGGCCGAAACUAGAGCACGCAUACAUCCAUACGUAUCUAGUUUUUUUUUUUUUCCUCUCAACAUUAUGAGGCGCCCAAAUUUCGCUACUGCAGUAGCGGUACUAUUGGCAAGCAGUGUGUAUGCUGUGCCUGCUGGAAAUUCUGGCACACAGAUCCUUCAACGAAGAUUCGACGGCUUAACUCGGACAUCGCAACAGGAAUUCUCUGGAAGUGAGCGGCAAGGUGCCAAUAACAAGGCAGGCCAGGAAGAGUCCUCGGAAAGGGGAAAUAAUGCUGGCGGCGAGGUACAGCAAGGGGAUACUGGGAGUGCAGAGGGUGGUCUCGUAGCAUUGCCGGGUGGACAAAUCACGACUGGUGAACUACAGCCUCUCCCAGGAGCUACCACGGCGUCUGUCGUUCAGAGUACUGCAAUAGCCGUUGAGACGUCGGCUGCUCUGGAGACGACUGCCGCUGCCGAAACUUCUGCUGUGGUUGAAAUAUCCACGGCACCGGAAGAAACGGCAUCAGAGGAAUCCACUCAGGUCAUCGCCUCCAGUACUGCCAUCCCGCUGCUUAACCCCAUGGCUGGCGUGGAAACGACUUCAGCUGUGGAGCUUGUUCCUUUGCCAGGUGCAAGCACUACGGCAGCAGACGUGAGCACUAUUGCGGGAUCGAGCAGCGCCGCGGAAUUAAACACGGCCACGGCAACUUCGAUCGCCGGCUUUCAGACGAUCGGUGCCGGCGUGGACGUAGGAACGGAGAUCGCUUCCACCUCUGCGUUCGUCACCUCUAUUACCUCAGAGUCGUCUGCACUGCUCGAUGCUACUGAGACCGCGUCCGACGUAGCAACAUCUUCAUUGUCUGAGGUCGUCGAGGCUACAUCCACAGCAGCAACGAGUGCCACCAUCGGCGGCUUCGAGACUAUCGGCGCAGGGGCAGAUCUUUCCGCCUCCACGACGACAGCAGCACUACUAUCCGAGGAGACACCCCUUGCAACCUCCGCCAUAUUCGCCAAUGCCUCCGCCACAGCGGGUCUGGAAGCUGGCGUGACGUCCAGCGCCGCGGCAGUCGAGGAAUCAAGCAGCGCCCUUCUCCAAACCCUCCCUGGAUCCGCAGUCGCUUCGGGUUCGCUCGUCGCCCUGCCCACAACAUUUGCGACCGCUACUGCUUCGGCUAUCUUCGGUAACAGCAGCAGCAUCGGCGCCGGUUCCGGGUCCGGUGCCAGCGGUGGUGCCGCGGCUUCGAGUGGUGCCUUGCAGCAACUCCCUGGGGCCGGCGCCACGGCUUCGGAGGGCAGUUUACAGCCGCUUCCUGGUGCUACGUCUGGCUCGACGGUGCUUACGGACACAUUGGCCACCGCCACUGCGUCAGGGGCCGCUGGUGAGGCUUCAGAGUCGGCAGGGGCUUCCUCGGCGGCCGCGUCUCAGGAACUGGUGAGUCAGACCAGCUCCCCUGCUGGUGCGAGCACUAGUGUGGUGCCUGUUGGUCAGAAUGCGGCAUCCAGGGGCGCGGGCAAUAUCGUGCUUGUUAGUCUUGUUGCUGGCAUUGUCGGAUUCGUUGGGAUGUGAUCUUAAAAUAGGUAAACCAAAAAAGGAGAUUGCGUGGUGAGAUACGGGAAGGCCAGAUUGUUUGCAAGGGGUUGGCGUAUGAAAUCGAUACAUAUAUACAUUUUUGGUGUUAUAUAGCUUCUGUCCUGGUUUACCCUAAGAUGUUCUUUGCUGUACAGAACA